AGUUGCGCGCCUAGCCACGCGCGUGGCUUUUGCCUGCUGCUCGGCUGUCCGCGAUAACUACGGUUUGCCGUACGCUGCAAGGCUAUGUGUGGAUUGUUUCGCAGGACCAGUGAGCAUUUUCUCAUCCUGAACGAUAGAGAGUGCAGUCUCUAUAGAUUAGUCUAGAGGUGAAGGCCUGACAGGGCCAAGACGAACAACUAGUGAGACAGGUUUUGGCCACCCUUUGAGUAAAAUCUGAUUCAGCGAAAUCUUAUUCUUUGCAAACCACGGAGGUGGUUGUCGCCUACAGUAGUGCAACAGUCAGUGUACACGUAUCGUAUCAGGUAGUUUUGGAUCCGUCCACCAAAUCUAACACAUUCUAGUCGAUUGACUGAUAGGCAGCCUUGCUGAAAGCUAGAACUAGAAGUAUUUUUUACUAUUGGUGGUGAAGUGGAACUGGAAGAGCUCAUCUUGACAGUGGAACGUCAAGUACCAGAAUUCAGAAUGCUACGUGUGACCAGUGGCAGUGCAAAUGGUCAACAACGAUGGCGCUUGGACGCAUCGGCAAAAGUUCUGAUUCAGCUGCUGUUGUACGUGUUAUAUGCUGGCAGGUGUACGGCCCAGCAGCAGAAUGUGAACACGUGGGUGGAUUGUGGUGAUGAAGGUGAAGUGUUCAUUACCAACACCACCAAACCUUGGGAGGCAGGAGAAAAGUUCUGUCAGACACUCGGCAGCCACCUGGCCAGUUCUCCUCAACUCACAGCCUGCAAUUCCAUCAUAGUCAGAGCACUUAGAAACACGGCAGUCAGUGGCAAUGUGGCAGUCCAAACCAGCUACACGAAAUUGCUGGAUAUACUUCACUUCCGUGAUACUGCGAACAAUUUGGAAGUUUCUGACAGCCUCAUUACGUUCAAUUUAGGGAUUUACCAGUGUUCCGUCCAAGUUUUUGGACAAGUUUUACAACUGGCUGGAUCGAGUUGCACGGUGCAAUACCCAGUCGUAUGCGGCAGGAAUACCAAUACACAAGCAGCUUCUAUAGUGUGUGACUCACACAUGUAUACAUACCAUAGCAUCUCAUUCUCAGCAGAUCAUGCAAACCAGACGUGCUACGAACAAUACAGCGGUUGGCUGUUACCAACAGACAUGCGGCAACUCCGCUGCGUCUCUCACCUCCUGAAUUCAUCUCAGGUGUUGGGAGACAACAGCGUUACCACCAUACCCCUCUACACCAGCGGUAGGGACGAGUCAGCUAACUGCUUGGUGUAUAAUGCUUGGAGCGAUAAAGUACUAGGAGACUCCUGCACCGCAGCACGCCCCACCAUCUGCGUGUCUCGGUACUGCAAUAGCAGUGACAACUUGGUGGCAGUGCCUAACGAAGACCGGUGUGUGUGCAAGCGUGGGUAUAUCAGCAACCGCACAACCGCACACAAAUGUGAAUCAAUUGUCGAGCUAUUUCGUUCUACUGGACAAGCAGGGCAGAGUUCAAACAUCACAGUGUUCAUCUGGUUAAAAUCAGAGUGGAGGGUGCACAGUGUCUACACACAGAAUACACUACACCAGCUGGCUAAUUUCUCCUUACCAGAAGGGAGACUUGCCAUCAGAUCUGCUGAACGGAUCAUCUACACUUCUCCACGGCAAGCUGACACUGUUGCUGCAGAGCUUGCCAAGAAUCACUCCCAAUUCUUCAUCGUGAAUGCCAGUACAAGUAAUAUACUUCUGCCCUCAGCCCAUCUUCGUAACUACCUGGUCAACCUAAGUGUCUGGUUUCGGCCAUACAAAGUCGAGUGCGUUAACAUUCCUAGUACAAACCAGUCAGACACCUGUAGUUACAGUGUGUUCAAUGAGUCAGUCCCGUUCAAGGAUGGCCUGUACGAGUUUGCCCUGUCUCCACACAACUCCACACUACUUAGUAUACCUGUUCUAUACACAGUUUACCCAAGACCAACUACCACUGUACCUCGGAUGACCAGCAUGCCAGGUAACAAUGCUUCUUCAUCGUCAGACGGUAUGCCAUCGGUGGUCAGUUCCUCGCCGAGCGGAACUGUUGUUACCCAAAAGCCAGCGUGGUUGGUCUGUACAUUGGCAUUGGUGGUGCAGUGCUAUUGGCAGCACUUGUUCUCAUAACGGUCUGCCUGGUGGUGGUGGUGGUGGUGGUGGUGGUGGUACGUCAUAAGAAGGAUGGUGUUCCUGCCUGAUGGUUGACUUGUGAACAAGAUCGACAUUGUUUGAAUUCGUUGUGGACUUUGUCUUUGCUAUUUUCGUUCUGUCUAUUCUCUCACGUUUCUUCUCUCUCUCAUAUCUUCUGUAGAACUUCUUUCCAGUCUGUCUCUCUGCUCUUCAUCUCAAGAACUUUUCUCUUUUCCAUUUCUUCGUUCUUGUACUUCUCUAAACUUCUCUACUCUUUUUUUUAGUCUUUUUUCUUUUUUCUUAUUUAUUUGUAGAAAGGCAAUGGACAUAUGGAUACGAGUUAAGAGUAACUCUCCAUCACUGUAACCAGCUGGGUACUAUAUACACUUUAUUUAUUUAUUAUUUUAUCGUCUCCACUUCAUGGCACAUAGUAAUA